AGCCAAUCGACGCAGAGGGCCGAACCCUUCAGGCCCGUUGAACGGUGAGGGGGAGGCGGUGUCUUCCGGCGGGAUCGAGGGGCAGCAGCGUACGGUGAAGGACGCAGGCCGUGGAGUUUGAACCCCUUGAAAGAUUGAAAUCAUGGCAGGUCCAGAAGCUGAUGCCCAGUUCCAUUUCACUGGUAUCAAAAAAUAUUUCAACUCUUACACUCUCACAGGGAGAAUGAAUUGUGUGCUGGCCACAUAUGGAAGUAUUGCUUUGAUAGUCUUAUACUUCAAGUUAAGGUCUAAAAAAACUCCAGCUGUGAAAGCAACAUAAACAGAUUCUGAACUGUACAUUAUCUGUUAAGUUCCCAUGCCUGAAGAAGCUAAUGUCAACUCAUCAUGUGAUACUCAAUUUGUACAAUAAAUUAUGAACCUGGAAAAGCUGGUUGUC